AUGCGGGCGCUCCAGGCAAGCACUCGCCACGAGGAGUGCAUCGACCGUCAAAGGGGGCUCCUCGACAAGUUGGCGGCGCAGAAGAAAAUAGACGACUACGAGAGAGCCGACCCUGAGGGUGCGGAGGAUGCAUCGAUCUCAAUGUACCCGCGCCUCGUGGAGUUUCUGGCCAGGGAGGGUGUUUCCGACAUCUCUCAACAGAGCUACGGUGUUUCCAUCACAGAGCUGUGCAAGGUCCUUGGUGCGGCGGUCGUGGUGUUCAUUGAGUACGACCACAAGCUGGCCACCAUGGUUCAGACGCUGAAGUUCCACUUCUGCGUCUACUUCUUGGCGGAUCUUCUAGCGGAGAUCAACGCCCUCAACAAAUUCUUCCAGCGACGGAAAGUUGACAUCACGCUCAUGCACCAGGAGGUGGACCGCACGAUUGCCUGCAUCAGGCACCGCUUUGUGGAAUACGACAACGGUUUUGGAGGGGGAGUCAGCAAGCUGGUGUCGCCAUUCAUCGCACGUAUGGCCAGCGGGAACAUGAAGAUCAAAGUGGACGACGUGGAUAUGGAGGGCGAGCCAACAUUGCAUGAGAUAGAGCUGAGCGAGGAGCCGAUAAAAGGGCACAAGUUUGGCAGAUCGAUGGCCGACUGCAUCAAGCUUUGA